AUGGCGGAUCGAUUUCCCUCAUUAGAUGAGUUCGACGCUGGUCAGAGCGAAGCCCGCGGCGAUGCUACCAACUUUGACGCCCUCGGCGAUGAUGCCAACGACGACUUCCUCUCACGUGAGCGUGCGAUCCUCGGCGACGAUGCGGACCAGUUUGCCUCGGAAAACGACAAGCUGGCAACUGUCGAAGACGGGGACGAUGACCUGCUCGGCGGAGACUUUGGCGGCCAGGCCAAUGUUGGCGCGCAGGAGAUCGGCGGCUUCGAGAGCUCUUUCCCUGCAAUCGACACUACCAACGAGCACAUGGCCCCUGGCGGCACAAUCACAGGGCCCACCCUCCCGUUUCUUCCUGGCCAGCCUGCACCCUCGUUCACCCCCCAGCGAUCAGAUUCCCCUGAGCCUGAUGUGAUCCGUGAAUGGCGUGAGCGCCGCGAGCUCCAGAUCCAGCACCGUGACGAGGUUUCUGCCGAGCGCAAGAGCAAGACCAUCCAGGAGGCGCAGCAGAACAUCGACGACUUCUACGAGAACUACAACAACAAGAAGGACAAGGAGAUCGCCAAGACACGGAAAGAAGCUGAGGAGUUCCUUGCCAACCGGGACGACACAACAGCUGGCGGUACUAGUUGGGAGCGCAUUGCCAAGCUGGUCGACCUGAGCGGCAAGGGCACCAAGGGUGGAGCGUCAGGAAGCGAGAAGGCGCGAUUCAGGGAGCUUCUGCUUAGCCUGAGGAAGGACGACAAGGCGCCUGGCUCGACCGGGUACUAG